AUGGAAGGCUCUCAGGUUCCCGCGCCGGCGCCGCAGCCUAUGGUUCCGCAACACUCAAACCUGAUCCGCACCGACCAGGUCCAGAAGCUUCCCCAUCUCAAUGAGCAACAAAAGACUCAACACACUCAGCUGGUGCGCAACUUCUGGGAGGUUCUGAACAGCCGAGACCCAAAGAGUUCCGAAUAUCAGCACGCCCAUACCCGACUUACUCAGAUCUCGCAGAAUCUAAUGAAAGGCAUGCGGGCCUUUCAACAGAGUCGUCAGAUGCAACAGCAGCAGAUUCAGCAGACAGCGGCCGCGCAGGGCCAGCCGGUCGCCCGCGCGCAGUCGGUCAACCCUCAGAACUUUGCCCAGCUUCUCCCCCAGAUCCAGCAGAAGGUCAACAGUCUGCACUUCUUCCUCCCUCCGAACAUCAGUCACGAGCAGGCGCAGACAUGGCUUCCGGAAGCCAAAUUACGAUACGGGAUCGCGCUGCAGAAACAGGAGAUUGGACGGGCGCGUGCGAAUGAUCUCCGUCAGCAGUUUGCCCAGCGACAGGCGUCCGGAAGCCUGUCCCAGGAUGAUCUGCAGGAUUUCAAGACUCGGCAGGUGGCGGCGGAGAAGCUGUACCGGGAGGGCGGAGACUUCUUGACCAAGUUCAAGGAGCAGCAGGAGAAUUUCAAGGCGCAGACGCAUAGGACGGGUGUACCAAAUACUGCCGGUCCCACGCCCGGUCCUCCUGCUGCUGCACCAACUCCCGCGCCAACUGCAGGUCCCGGCGGACCGGCAAAUCCGCAAAAUACAAUGCAUCCUGGACAAGCGCCGACGCCUGCGCCUCACACCAUCACCUCGGCGGUGAGCGCCGCGCGCAAUCAGGCUGGACAGGUGGCAAUGUCUCCAUCAAACUCCCAACAAGGUCAGACGCCCACGGGUCAAGCCCCUGUUCCUGCACCUGCCGUCCAAGGCAUCCCUCCUCAGCAACCGCCCCAGCAACCGCAGCCUGUGCAGGCCCAGCCUCAGCAGGCCACCCCCGGAUCCCAGGUCACGUUCACCCAAGUGCCCAAUUUGGAUGGCUCUACACCCACACCUACAGCCACACAACCGGUCACCGUGCAAGGUCCCCCUCGCCCGUUGUCCCAGCAGGCUGCGAUGGCCCAGGCUGCGCAGAGCUACUCCAACAAUACCGGCAGUAGCACCCCUCCCAAUACAAACGUGGGCCAGCAACAGCCCAUGUCACAAGCUGCCAAUAACUCGCACGCUCACCCUCAAGGCUACAUCCCCAACCGCUCGACUGAAAACUCCGCGCGGAAUAUCAACAUGGCUAUCCCCAAGAACCUGAACGUUCCCCCUCCCGAGCCUGUCACCAUGGCGCCAUCUCGACCAACUCUCUCGGGAGGUCCCAGCCACGGUGCGAUGGGUAUGAUGGGGCAGCCUGCGAUCCAGAAGCACCCUGGUUAUGUUCUCGAGGGUGAAGGUCAGCGCGUACUCAGCAAGAAGAUGCUUGAUAUUCUGGUUCGUCAAGUGACUGGAGGGGGCGAAGGCGAGGGUCUUACCCCAGAUGCCGAAGAGUUCAUCAUCCAAAUGGCGGAUGAUUUUGUUGACGACGUCAUCACCGCCGCCUGCCGUCUCGCCAAACUCCGUCCCUCGUCUACUCUGGAGAUGCGCGACAUCCAACUCGUCCUCGAGCGAAAUUACAACAUGCGCAUCUCCGGAUUCUCCACCGAUGACCUCCGCACGGUGAAGAAGCCUCAACCCACUCAAGGCUGGACUCAGAAGAUGUCAGCCAUCCAAGCCGCCAAGGUCACCCAGGGCAAAGCGGAAUAA